AUGGCCCAGCUGUUAAACAACUCUAACAAUGCCAAUCAAAUAUCUGAAAAGCGAUACCAGCAGCAUGAGGAGCGUUUCAUGGCACAAGAAGGGGAAAUGCGGAGCCAGAAGGCUUCAAUACAAACCAUUGAGAAUCAAGUCGGCCAAUUGGCCAAGAUGUUGUCUGAAAGACCACAAGGUAGUCUCCCAGGUAACACAGAACCAAACCCGAGAGGGCACGUUAAUGCAGUAAUGACAUGGAGUGGUAAAGCCACGGGACCUGACAAAUCGGACUCACCACCGAUCACUGAUACGGUCCAAACUGACGCUUCAGACGAGGUACACGCUAGGCGAGUCCCAGCAAGUACAGCACAGUUCCAGGAGCCAGUUAAAGAUUUCAUUCCUCCUGUCCCAUAUCUGAGCAUAUUGAAGAAGCAAAAGAACGAUGAAAAACAUGGUAAGUUUUUAGAAAUGUUUAAACAAUUACACAUAAACAUACCGUUUGUUGAGGCGUUGGCUCAAAUGCCUAAAUACGCAAGGUUCUUAAAAGACAUCCUCACAAACAAGAAGAAGCUCAAAAGCUUGUCUUGUGUGUUGAUGAAUGAAAACUGUUCAGCCCUUCUCCAAAACCGUCUAGCUGAAAAGAUGGGAGAUCCGGGCAGUUUUACUCUUCCCUAUCUCAUUGGCAGCAUGUCUGUCAGUCACGCAUUAGCCGAUUUAGGAGCUAGCAUAAACCUUAUGCCUUAUAAGGAGCAGCCAGUCUGCCAAAUCGAUGAUGAUGGUUCUCAAGGUCCUGAUCAAUUUGAGGAGAUUGACAGUGAAGUUGAAGAAAAGUCCAAACCAUCGGCUGAAGACCCACCGUCGUUGGAGUUAAAAGAACUCCCACCGCAUCUCGAAUAUGCAUUUCUAGACGAGGAAUGUCACUUGCCAGUCAUCAUUUCAGCAUCUCUAGCAAAAGAAGAAAAGAGACAACUUCUCGAAGUUCUAACGCUUCACAAGAAAGCUAUGGCGUGGAAGAUUAUGGAUAUCAAAGGCAUUAAUCCUUCUUUUUGUACUCAUAAAAUUCUCAUAGAAGACGAUUAUAAGCCUAGUGCACAGCAUCAAAGGCAUUUGAAUCCUAAUAUGCAAGACGUGGUGAAGAAAGAAGUAAUUAAGUUGUUAGAUGCAGGGCUGAUUUAUCCUAUAUCUGAUUCUGUUUGGGUAAGUCCAGUGCAAGUAGUACCCAAGAAAGGUGGUAUUACUGUAGUUCCAAACGAUAGAAAUGAACUUAUUCCUACCCGUACCGUCACUGGAUGGCGAGUUUGCAUCGAUUAUCGCAAACUGAACGAUGCCACCCGUAAGGACCACUUCCCGCUUCCAUUCAUCGACCAGAUGUUGGAACGUCUGUCGGGGAAGUCAUUUUUCUGUUUUCUGGAUGGGUUCUCUGGAUACUUUCAAAUUCCUAUCGCUCCUGAAGACCAGGAAAAGACUACCUUCACAUGUCCUUUCGGCACAUUCGCCUACUGGCGUAUGCCUUUUGGGCUGUGUAAUGCACCAGCCACAUUUCAGCGCUGCAUGGUAGCCAUUUUUCAUGACAUGAUCGAAGACUCCAUGGAAGUAUUCAUGGAUGAUUUCUCUGUUUUCGGGAGUUCUUUCGAUCAGUGUCUUGGAAAUCUGAAAAGAAUGUUAAUGAGAUGUGAGGAAACUAAUCUUGUGCUUAACUGGGAGAAGUGCCACUUCAUGGUGAAAGAAGGGGUAGUUCUUGGACACAAAAUCUCUGAAGCUGGGUUGGAAGUUGAUCCAGCAAAAGUGGAUAUCAUUUCUAAACUUCCUCCUCCAACCUCGGUCAGAGCGAUUAGAAGUUUCCUGGGUCAUGCAGGGUUCUAUAGGCGAUUCAUAAAAGACUUUUCAAAAAUCGCAAGACCUAUGACCCGUUUGUUAGAAAAAGAUGCUCCGUUUGUGUUUUCAGACGAAUGCAUGAAAGCAUUCAAGCAGCUUAAACAGAGGCUUAUCGAAGCCCUUAUUUUAGUUGCCCCAGAUUGGGCGUUACCAUUUGAGAUAAUGUGCGACACCAGUGAUUACGCAAUAGGAGCAGUCUUAGGACAGCGAAGGGAGAAGCAUUUUCAUCCUAUAUACUAUGCCAGCAAAACUCUACACGAUGCUUAG